AGGUCAAGUCGUCUGCCAAAAAAUUUGAAGGUGAUAGUUUUUGGCAGGAGAUUCGCCUUUUCCACUGUUUUGAGGAUAAUUCCAAUCUGACAAGAUUUUUAAGCCUUGCUGUACUAGAGGAAUAUUGUCGACAAAAAGUUUACUUUAAGAUGGCACAGCACCUUGCAAAGACACCAGGAAGUGGGGAGAUCCCUGUAAUAUUAGAGCCAGAGGACCCUACCCCUAAGGAGCCCAAGUUUAACGUGAAGGAGAUGGAGAGAGAGGGUGGUUACUACCGCCAGUGUCAGCAGCUGGCCGCAGCCGACGCAAUGUCUCAUCUCGAGCACAUGUGUAAGCUGGACAUCGACUCGGAGCCCCACGAAGUCCGUAUGACAGGCAUCAUCUGUACUAUUGGUCCGGCUUGCCGAGAAAUUGACACGUUACAGAAGAUGGUGAUUGAAGGAAUGAAUGUUGCUCGCCUUAACUUCUCACACGGAACCCACGAGUACCACGAGGGGACCAUCAAGAACAUCCGGGAGGCGGUGAAGGGGUUCAGCUCCCCCCGCCCCCUAGCGAUCGCCCUGGACACCAAGGGGCCAGAAAUCAGGACCGGACUCCUGGAGGGGGGAGCCUCAGCGGAAUUAACACUGAACACAGGGGACAAGAUCAAGAUCACGACGGACGACAAGUUCAAGGAGAAGUGUAGCAAGGACACGCUGUGGGUCGACUACAAGAACAUCACCAAGGUCAUGUCCGUGGGCUCCAGGAUGUUCAUCGACGACGGACUCAUCUCCGUCAUCGUCAAGGAAAUGGGUGCUGACUAUAUUAACUGUGUGGUGGAGAAUGGGGGCGACCUGGGCAGUAAGAAGGGCUGUAACCUCCCCGGGAUAGCGGUUGACCUCCCCGCCGUCUCAACCAAGGACAAGGAGGACCUAUUGUUUGGUGUCUCUCAGGGGGUGGACAUGAUUUUCGCGUCCUUUAUCAGAAGCGGUCAGCACAUCAAAGACAUCAGGUCUAUCCUAGGAGAGAAAGGAAAGAACAUCAAGAUCAUCGCCAAGAUAGAGAACCAUGAAGGAGUCAAACGAUUUGAUGAGAUCCUGCAGGAGUCGGAUGGUAUCAUGGUGGCCAGAGGUGACCUUGGCAUUGAGAUUCCCCCAGAGAAGGUGUUCCUGGCCCAGAAGAUGAUGAUUGGUCGAUGUAACAGGGCGGGGAAACCCGUCAUCUGUGCCACACAGAUGUUGGAGUCGAUGGUGAAGAAGCCCCGCCCCACGAGGGCAGAGUCCAGCGAUGUGGCCAAUGCCGUGCUAGACGGGGCCGACUGUGUCAUGUUGUCAGGGGAAACUGCCAAGGGAGACUACCCACUGGAGUCAGUCAAAAUGAUGCAGAAGAUUUGCCGGGAAGCCGAGUCGGCAGUCUUCCACCACCAGCUGUUUGAGGAACUCCGUAAGGAGACCCCAACCCCCACAGACGCCACCCAUACCGUCGCCAUAGCAGCGGUGGAGGCCUCGUUCAAGUGUAUGGCCGCCGCCAUCAUUGUUAUCACCACCUCAGGAAGGUCGGCCCAUCUGAUCUCAGCGUACAGGCCCCGCUGUCCGAUCCUGGCCAUCACAAGGAUAGAACAGACAGCUCGCCAGUGUCAUCUCUUCAGGGGCAUCUUCCCUAUCCACUAUGUGGACUCUGUCAUGAGCGAGUGGACCGUCGAUGUUGACAGGAGGAUCUACAAAGGAAUCCAGAGUGGUAUGGAUCGUGGAUUUAUCCAGAAGGGAGAUCCGGUCAUCAUCAUCACAGGCUGGAAGCCCGGAUCCGGAUCCACAAACACCAUGCGGAUCAUCAACGCUGUGGAUGUGGCUAACAAAGACCUACUGGCCCCCAUCACAGGAAUAACCAGUGUGCCAAGUUUCCACAAGAUAGAGAGUGAUUUGUCUAAUAAAUCUUCUGAAACAUCCCUCCCUGAUAGCACCAAGGGCUCAAAGGACGAUGUCAAGUUCUUUUGAGGAAACGUACUGACGCAAACAAUUAACUGUGGCUCAAAGUCACACAUAGUCAAAGGGCAGACAACUUGGGGAAAAUUACGGAAUUUUAUGUUGAAGAGCCCGAUGAACAACUGUUUUAGUGAAUACUUUUUUCACAGAUUUUGUUUCUAGUGCUGACAUAUGUACAGACAGAAUUUUUUUUACAUGUUUGUGUGAGGAACUUUUGUUUUUAUAUAUAUAAUAAUGUUAUCUCUGAUAAGGUAUUUGUUUUUGCAGAAAUAUUAAGAUAUUUACAUUAUUUUAUGAAUAGAGAUAAAUUUGUCCCUACCAACUAUUUUUUUGUGUGUGUGUGUUGCAAAAUUUAAAGUCAAUAUUUAAUCCUUUUGCAUUAAUGCUUUCUUGUACAUUUUAAAGUAUAACAGAUGUGCUGAAUUUAUUCAUUAUUGAAUGAUUUGAAACAUCAUGUUAUUGAGUCACUGAAAUUGUUUUGUUAUUGAAAUUAAAAGUGCUAAUCUGUUUUUCUUCAGUUUAAUUACAAGGGGAUAUGUUGGACCCUAUAAUUGUAGACUUUAAGGAUGUGAAUCUCAUCUUAUUGGGAGUAGAAAAUACUGUAUUAAUAUGUAAUUAAUGCUGAUAUUAAUUAGAAGCGGUAUUAAAGAUUAUCUUUUAGACCUCCCUAGCUUUUAUGCUGUGGUUUCAUCAGUGUUUGCGGGCAUCAGUUUUUAUGGUAUUUUUUUAACGAAAUCGCAUACAUAAGGUCGCUUAAAUUUGUGGUCAUUAACCUAUCAAUUCAGUAUGUCAUAGGAAACUGCAAUCAAUGAGAAUUUAAGUUUGUAGAUCAACUGAACAACGAAAUAUAUAAAAUUGGUAUUCAGUGAAUAUUGAUGAAAUCACAAAAGUGAAUAACGCAUAACUAAGUAUAAGUAAAUUAUAGGCAAAUUGUGUGCACGUAAAUGGUGGUUUUUGUUUGCUGAAAUAGUCAAAAUUGGCCAAGUAACUUGUGAUGACAGCAUUAUAUUAUGAAGACCACAAUUAAAGUUGAUGGCUGUGUUGAGUUCCAGAUUAGGUUUAGCUGAAAAAUUGCAUGGUAUUUGUAACAUGUGUAACGUGAUACUUUAUUAAUAGUAGAUACAGGGUUUGGUCUUUGUACAAGCAUGGAUUGCAGAAUUUGAAAAAUGACGAAAAUAUCGAAAUCAAUACAUUAAGAAAUGAUUUGGCAGCUAAUUUUUUUAUCCUGAACGUUUCUAACGAUAAAAAAGGCUGCUGAUUUUUUCAAACCUCCAUAUAUAAUGUCAAAUAUCUUGUAAAAUUCUCUUUGCUAGGUGUGAAAAGGAGUUUUACUCAUAUUUGCAGGGCAAAAUUUUUAGUAUUGACUUGUUCUAACAUUUUUGGUGAAGAAAGCUGUGUAGCAACCUCUAAUGAUACACCCUCCACUAAUGAUAUAAUGUUGCAUUAGUGGUCAGGAUCAUUAGAGGUUGCUACAAAGCUGGUUUUCUGUUCGUUCUAACUUUUUCCUUUUUCCUUUUGGAAAUUUUUUGGUGCCCCAUUACUUGCUUUCUUUAUUUUGUUUUGUUGAAAUGUCAUGUUUGACGAUGUUAGGCAUAAAAUAAAAUCUUUAACAGUU